AUGGUGUUGGGUAUCUUGGUACUGGGACAAGUAAAAAGAAAAUAUGGAAUCCGAGUGAGUCACUCCUCGUCUCUCUCCUCACCUCUACUCCGAAUCCAAUCGCUCACCUGCUACCGCUCGCGUGACGUAACGUCGCAAUUUCCGAGUCCUGCGAGACUCGGUAGUGUCAGAUACAGGUCUCCUGACGAGGUGUCAAACAGACACCGACCCUACGGUCACAAUCUCAUUCAUCCCGAUAUAAUUCGUUUUCCUUCUUCCUAUUUUUACUGUAAUAAUUUGAAAUCUGCCAAUCUGAUCGACGUGAAAAGCCAAGAUAGUUCGACCCCGGAGAUGAAAUUUAUUGUCGAAUUAUGGGAAGGCCUUUCAAAAAUAAUUCCCGAAGACAAAACUGUAGGCGUGUUUACCAACUAUAGAUAUCAGAGAGAUACAAUAAGAGAUAUCUUAAUGGAUAAAAUUAAAUAUAGUCAGGUCAUUUCAUUGUAUUCUUGUGAAGGUUUACGCGACUGUCCAAUAUUUGAUGUCGCUAUCGUUUUGUAUUCUGCUCCGAACGAUGAAGCGAAUUAUAAAAUUCUAAAUACAUUACUGACACGAGCUAAAUCUUCGUUGAUUUUAUGCGGAUAUUUUAGUAUUAUGAGCGAGUACCAUUUUUGGGACGGAUUAAUUGAAGAUGCUAAAAGGAGGCAAAUUUUAUUUCGACUUCCUUCUUCUUACGGUUAUUUUGCGUGCGAAAUUAUCAAAACCAAGAAAUAGAUUCUUUUCUCGGCCGU